AUGGGGCUGCCUAUACACUUUGUUGUUGACCCACAGGGAUGGUUCUGUGUUGGGGUUAUUUUCUUCAUCUGGCUGUACAACACAUUGUUUAUUCCACAGCUCAUCCUCUUCCCCCGCUUUGAAGAAGGACACAUCCCAGCUGCUGCCAUAUGGGCUUACUACGGUGCCUCCUUAUUUUGUGUGGUCUCGCUUUUAAGAGCAUCCACCGCGGACCCUGGCAAAUUACUAGAGUGUCCUAAAAUCCCCCUCAGAGAAAAAGACUAUUGGGAAUUGUGCAACAAAUGCAACUUGAUGAGACCAAAACGCUCUCACCACUGCAGUCGAUGUGGGCACUGUGUCAGAAGGAUGGAUCACCACUGUCCUUGGAUAAACAAUUGUGUUGGAGAAGACAAUCACUGGCUGUUCCUCCAGCUCUGCUUUUACACUCAGCUUCUUAGUGGUUACACUCUCAUUCUGGAUUUCUGCCACUACUACUACUUCAUCCCUUUGAAAACCAUCAACUGGGAUGUGUUUAUGUUUAGACAUGAGCUAGCAAUGCUCAGGAUAUCAACUUUUAUGGGUAUUGUCAUGUUUGGAGGCAUGUGCAGCCUUUUCUACACGCAGAUUGAGGGUAUACUAACAGAUUUGACCACUAUAGAAAAAAUGACCAAUUGCUGUGAUCAAGUACCGCAAGUUCGAAAACCAUGGCAGCAGACCUUCUCAGAAGUUUUUGGCAGUCGCUGGAAGAUCCUGUGGUUUAUUCCUUUCAGGCGGAGACGACCACUGGGAGUCGCCUACUACUUUGCCAAUCAUGUCUAA